UCGAGGCCUUUGGUGGCCAGCGUGUCAUGGCUGUGACGGCUGGAGGCAGUCACAGCCUCGCCCUCACCGCCGAUGGCGCCGUUUGGAGCUGGGGCUGGGGCAACUCUGGCCGGCUAGGCCACGGCGACCAGCAGCGGCAGCUGCUGCCGAAGAAGGUCGAGGCCUUUGCUGGGCGGCGCGUCGUCGCCGUGUCGGCUGGAGUUAGCCACAGCCUCGCCCUCACCGCCGGCGGCGCUGUCUGGAGCUGGGGCGAUGGAGACUACGGCCAGCUGGGCCACGGCGACACGCAGGACCAGUUGCUGCCGAAGAGGAUCGAGGCCUUGGCUGGCCAGCGCGUCAUCGCUGUCUCGGCUGGAUAUAGCCACAGCCUCGCCCUCACCGCCGACGGCGCUGUCUGGAGCUGGGGCGGUGGAGACUACGGCAAGCUGGGCCACGGCGACCAGCAGAGCCAGCUGCUGCCGAAGAAGGUCGAGGCCUUUACUGGACAGCGCGUAAUCACUGUGUCGGCGGGAGGUAGGCACAGCCUCGCCCUCGCCGCCGACGGCUCCGUCUGUAGCUGGGGCCUUGGAGGUGAUGGCCGGCUGGGCCACGGUGACGAGCAGCGCCAGCUGCUGCCGAAGAAGAUCGAGGCCUUCGCUGGGCGGCGCGUCGUCGCUGUCUCGGCUGGAAGCUGCCACAGCCUCGCCCUCGCCGCCGAUGGCGCUGUUUAUGCUUGGGGCGAGGGCGAGCACGGCUGCCUGGGCCACGGAGAGGACCUUUCGAACCAGCUGCUGCCCAAGAAGGUCGAGGCGUGGUCGCCGGGGCCGUGAGAAAGCCCGCGCAGUUGGACAAGGAGGGGAUGGUCCGGCUUCUCGCGGGCUCAACGAGGAGAGGGUUUGGUUCGGCGUCACGGGCGUGGCGAGCCCGAGGGUGGGCGCGGCGGCGGCGAUGGUGGCG